AUGUUCAAUAUACCACGGGCAGCCAUCAAUGUGAAUGACGGUUUCUAUGGUAAUCAUACUCUUAGUUGGAAUGUCAUCUUCAAUACUGUUCGAGAAACAAGUGAUAAUGGACCCAUCAAUUCAUGGGAUCGACAACCAUUUUUGACUGAUGCUGUACAGUCAGGUUUACCUUCACUUUGGCAACAUAAAAGUUAUAUUCACCAUAAUACUCUAUUCAAUAAUUACCGUUCUGUAUGGCCCAUCGAUCAUGAUGAUGGUAGCUGUUUCUAUGAGGAUAGUUAUAAUUUUCAAGUGUAUGGCGGUAAAAAAAAUUAUUUAGGUCAUUCAAAAACAGAUCAUCAUGAGAUAUAUGUGUAUUCGGAUGUCAAUCAAGGCGGCUUCGGAAGUAACAUGUGCCUCUGUGAUUAUGCACCUUCACGAGGUUCUAGUGGUUGGAAUGAAACUUGGAUCAACAACACCUGCGUACUCUAUCAGAGUUCAAUACCGUACAAUAUUGAAAGGUGUGAUACAGCCGAUCUAUUCGUACCUUAUUUGGUAUCUAACAAAAUUUAUAUUCCAUCUGAGACACAGGUCGCAUUUAUAUGCAAAGUCAAUGGUAGCAGUGCACGACUCACCCUAGAUCAAUGGAACUCAUAUGGUUUAGACAUUGGCACUAGCGUCCGAACAGCACCUGACAUUCAAACAAUAAUUGAAUGGGGUCGUGAAAUGUUACAACGUACUGAGUAA